AUUCAUCUGUUGCUCUUGCUUUGGAUCCGUAAACUGACAUUUAGUUGUUAAGUUCCCUUGUGGACGUGUUAAGCGUUUCUUGAAGAACAACACACAGAACAAGAUGCGCGUUGGUGCCAAGGCUGCUGUCUAUGUCACUGCCGUCCUCGAAUACUUGACUGCCGAAGUCCUCGAACUUGCCGGAAACGCCGCCAAGGAUCUGAAGGUCAAGCGUAUCACGCCCCGUCACUUGCAGCUCGCGAUCCGUGGAGACGAGGAACUGGAUACUCUCAUCCGUGCUACGAUUGCCUUCGGUGGUGUUCUGCCACGCAUCAACCGCGCACUACUGCUGAAGGUCGAACAGAAGAAGAAAAGCAAGACUGACGCUUAAACCCUCUUAACGGCGGACCGGAUACCCGACGAACAAACGGCGUUUCGAUAAUG